CUCAGGGAGAGGAUGGAGCCUCAGGAAGAGACAUUACGGCGCCUGCGCAGCAGCUUCCUGGCAGGGAGAACACGGGGCGCCAAGUUCCGUUUCGCCCAAUUGGAAGCUUUGGCUCGAUUCCUGGAGGAAAACAAAAAGGAAAUAAGUCAGAGUUUGAAAAUGGAUCUCAGUAAGCCCCAGUUUGAGACAGAGCUGUCGGAGCUGAGCUUGGUGAGAAGUGAGAUCAACCUGGCGCUCAGCAGUCUCGGCGCUUGGAUGAAGGACGAGUUUGUGGCCAAAAACCUGGCCACGACAUUUGACACUGCUUUUAUACGGAAAGACCCAUUUGGCGUGGUGCUUAUCAUUGGGCCGUGGAACUAUCCUGUGCAUCUCACACUGCUUCCCCUGGUUGGGGCAAUAGCUGCUGGCAACUGUGUGAUCAUUAAGCCGUCAGAGAUCAGUCAGAACACUGAAAGACUCCUGGCAGAACAUCUUCCCCGCUAUCUAGACAAGGACUGCUUUGCGGUGCUCUGCGCUGGGGCGGAAGACACAUCUCGGCUACUUGAGAACAAAUUUGAUUAUAUUUUCUUUACAGGUAACGCACAUGUUGGGAAGAUUGUAAUGGCUGCCGCUGCAAAGCACCUGACCCCGGUGACACUGGAACUGGGGGGCAAGAACCCCUGUUAUGUGGAUGAGGAGUGCGACAUUAGUAAUGCAGCGCGGCGCAUAUCUUGGUCGCGGUAUUUCAAUGCCGGCCAGACCUGCCUGGCUCCGGAUUACGUGCUCUGCACUGAGAGAACCCGGGAUCGGCUGGUCAAGGCUCUGAAGGCCACUGUGCGGGAAUUCUACGGGCAGGACCCCAAGCAAUCCCCUGACCUGGGCAGGAUCAUUAACGACAGACAUUUCCGUAGGGUCUCGGCGCUCCUGUCCAGCGGAACAAUCGUGACUGGGGGGCAGACAGACGAAGCAGAGAAGUAUAUUGCUCCCACUAUUCUGAUUGAUGUCAAAGAGUCCGACCCAGUGAUGCAGGAGGAAAUCUUUGGGCCGGUUCUGCCAGUUAUGACUAUUGGUGGCCUCGAUGCAGCUCUAGAGUUUAUAAACAAACGUGAGAGACCCCUAGCGGCAUAUGUGUACUCCUCUAAAUCCCAGGUUGUGGAUCGGUUUCUGGAGGGAACGAGCAGCGGGGGGUUCUGUGCCAAUGACGGCUUGUUGCACAGCACGCUCAUAUCCUUGCCCUUUGGGGGAAUUGGGCACAGCGGCAUGGGCAAGUAUCAUGGCAAGUUCAGCUUUGACACGUUUAGCCACCAUCGUGCUUGCCUACUGCGCAGUGAUGGGCGGGAGAAGCUGAACGAGAUCCGAUACCCCCCGUAUACCGAGCAACAUUUGGGAAUGGCUGUCUAUGCAAUGGAAGUGAAGAAAGGAUGGUCCUGUUCCCUUCAGUGACCCACAGGAACCUCCCUAUCGGGUUCUGAUAUUUCUUCUCCUCAUUGCUUCAACUUCAGGUUUUAACUCUUCCAAUUGCUUUCUGCCAUUUCCAUUAAUUAGUGACUGAUGGUGCACAGACCGUCCCACCGUGCCCUACCCUUCCACUAAUGGCCUGCCCCCGUCUCAACUACUUCUGUGCCAGCAAUUCUCUGCCCACGUCUGACAUCACCAGAGGAGAAAGACCUGAUUUAUAAAUGAUGGUGGAGCUGCAGGCCAGCCUGUUGUUCCCAUUAAGUGCAAGUAUAAAUGAUGAUGCUAAAGUGCACUUACCUGGCUGGGGUUAGGGUUGUGCCCCCCACCUUUAUCCAUGGCAGCAGGGUGCUUCUGGCUUGUUCCUGACUUCGGAGGGAUCCCCUCAUAUCAGCACAGGAACCGCCCACAGCUGCCGAGAAAAAGCUGAAAGUGGAGCUUUUAGGGAUAAAAAUACAAAAACAGCAGAAGUGUUAGUCUCACUGGUCUCCUUGAUAGUAAGCUCUUUGGGUCAGGCACUCAGUAUGUUUAUCAAUGAACAAAGCUACUAAUAAAUGACUCUAUUUGCA